AUGAAGAGUAAAUUCCCAACUCUCUUAGAUAUCUUAGAGAGUAAUAUCCGCAGCAGGCGACGCACUGACCGGGUCCUCGCUGUUGUGUCAGCUAUUGCCACUUCGAUGGUAUGUUAUUCUGUUAAUCCAGCAUUUUCACGGAGACGUUGGCUUCGCGAAAUAAAGCCUUGUUACCUACCUUGGUUGCAAGACCAGAGCAACCGGGGCCGCAUAGAUACCCUAGGGCGCCAGGCUCGCUUCUUGGACGAGAUAUAUGUCUACGUACAGAAAAAGGUCGGGGCUAACAUACCUAAUUCUCUACUUCGUACUCGAAACAGUCUCCCUCGAUCACUAGUCUUUCCAGGUCAGGUGUUUGAGAAGACGUGUGGAAUCUGCCAGGUCAUUGACGAUGAGCUUUUCGCAGCAGCCAAACAUUAUUUAACCACAUCGCGGGCUUACGAAGCAGAAGAUCUGCAUGAACUGAAACGCAAGUUUCGGUUCACUGUCAAAGGGUACAGAAGCAGUUACAAAUCCAGGCCAUUCUCAUUUUGGCUUCGAGAUCCACACUCGUCUACGUAUCCAUUUACACUUGCAGCAGAUGACGAGGAUUUCUCUUCCGAUGAGGAAUCCUCCGAUGAAGAAUCCUCCGAUGAAGAAUCUGCCGAUGAGGAAUCCUCCGAUGACAAUGUGAGCGAGACAGAAGAAAGUGAUUAUGAUCAUCAAAGCGAAGGCAAUGGAAUUUUCGAACGGGAAUACUCACCAGUGCCUUCUAAUUCGCAGAAAAGGAGUAUCUUGAUCAGCGAGGAUCUAUACAUGGAAGUCCUACCAAAUUUCCAAUUACCUCCAGAGUAUGUUGGAAUUGGGGAGGAAUGUCCCAUUUGCCAUGAAGAGUAUGGUUUGUUCGAGCCGUCGCAAGGCAAGAUGUCUCGAGCUAAGUGUGGAAACUACCAUGUAUUCCAUCGUGCUUGUCUCUCCGAGUGGGUGAAUGAUUCCCAUUCCAACACAUGCCCUGUGUGCCGAGGAGUGCUAUUCACUGAAUCAAAUCAAAUCAGUGAAAAUCGCUUGCAGACUGGAGCGAGAGUUAUCGAAGGGAUUGACACCUUGACUCCAGUGAACAAAGGAUGA